UCAAUAUUCGGAGUUUCAUCUUCAGAAAAAAAAAGAAGCUUAUUCCUCAGCUCUGCAGAAUUCUUCCAUUUCAACUCUCGAGGAGUUUCUGCUUUUUCUCCGGCCUAAUCUUUCUCUCCAUCAACCUGUCAGUUGAGUCUUGAGUUCAAGCGAAGCGCAAUGGGCUGUGCUGGAUCGUCACAGACCAAAGCAGACGGAUCCAUAAAGAAGAUACGGAAGCCAAAAUCUUGGAAGCAUCCUCAGCCAAUUACAAGGUCUCAGCUCACACAACUACGUGAUGAAUUUUGGGACACUGCACCUCACUAUGGUGGCCGGAAAGAGAUUUGGGACGCACUACGAGCAGCUGCCGAAGCCGAGCUUUCUCUUGCGCAAGCAAUUGUUGACAGUGCAGGGGUCAUCGUUCAAAAUGCAGAUUUGACAAUUUGUUACGAUGAGAGAGGCGCAAAAUAUGAACUCCCCAACUAUGUUUUGAGUGAGCCGACCAACUUAAUUCGUGACAGUUCAUAAAAGUGGUAACCGUAGAUCUUAUUUUCUGUCAUCUUUUACAGAGAUGAUCGAUUUAAUGCAUUCAUUUCUUUCACUUGGCCUUCCUCUAACUUCCUGUAAGUUGCUUUUCACUAAAUGGGCAAAAAUGCAACAUCAACCAUUAUCUCAUUUCUUUCUUGUACAAAAAAGAUGGAAAAAAAAAGAAAGAAAAAACUGAAAAUGGUGGGGGGAAAACCCUUUUGCCAGUUCAGCAUUGUCAUAAAUUACUUAAUUACUUGUGAUGAAAUUAAAGUUUGAAACCACAGUGAUUGAACGUCGUAUAGAGGGGGGAAAAUGCUCAAUAUUAUGGAA